CGGCUGGAUAACCGAUAUAGAAUCAGUUUAUUGAGUUUAUUCAUGUCAUAUCACCUAUUUACUACAGCGUCUACAGUCUUCUCUUAUUAAAUUAAUUCUUCAAUUUUAAGUACAAAAAUGGAAAUUUCAUUCAAAGGCAAGAGAAUACUGGUGACUGGGGCAGGACAAGGCAUCGGCCGAGGUAUUGCUGUGGAGUUAUGGCGUGCAGGCGCAGAUGUUGUCGCUCUCUCUAAAACUAGGGCUAACCUGGAGGCCCUGCAGAGCGAAUAUCCCUCUAUUGACAUUGUGGACGUAGACAUAGGCAACUGGGAGAAGACUAGACAAGUUGUUGAAUCUCUGGGACACUUCGACGCCUUGGUCAACAAUGCUGCUUAUGCCAGCUGUGAACCCUUCCUGGAAUGCACCACAGCUGAAUUUGACAGACAUUUUAAUGUCAACGUUAAAGCAGUCUUGAAUGUCAGCCAAAUAGUAGCAAGAAAAAUGGUUGAGAACAAAACACAUGGUGCCAUUGUAAACAUAUCGUCACAAGCUUCUAAGGCUGCACUUAAGGACCACACCAUCUACAGUGCCUCAAAAGCUGCUCUUGAUGCCAUGACACGUGCUAUGGCUUUGGAAUUGGGACCUCAUGGAAUUAGAGUAAAUGCUGUCAAUCCGACUGUUAUUAUGACAGAGAUGGGCAAAGUAGGGUGGUCAGAUCCUGCCAAAGCUAAUGAAAUGUUAUCAAAAAUCCCCCUUAGAAGAUUUGGUGAAGUAAAGGAAGUGGUAGAUGCGGUGGUCUUCCUACUAAGUGAGAGAUCCAGUAUGAUCAAUGGUGUUGAGCUGCCCAUUGAUGGAGGUUUCCUUGCCACAUAGGGACACAUUCCUAUACCAAAGACAUAGGGCUCGAGAAAUAGCUCGCUAAUUUAUAUAGCCUUAUCAACAAAAUAGAAUGAAAACUACAAAAAGAUUUGCAUUUAACUUUACUAUUUGUAAAAAACACUUUUCUAUAUCUAUCAAUAUUCUUUAUUUUAUAAGAUCAACGCUUUUGUAUGUGAAAAUUUUCUAUAUGAAGGUACCAAAGAAACAUUUAUUUUUUUUAGUCAUACAAUUUUUUGAUACUUAAUUACAAUGAGUUUGUAAACCCUUUUAUUAGUUGCCAUAUCAGAAGGAAAGCUUCCAUGAACACGAGUCUGCUUGUAUUAAUAAUAUUUCCAACGAUUUUCCAUAACGCCGUGUGUAUAAAUUGAUAUUAUUUUGUUAAAUAAAAGCAAUACUUAUUAA